AUGCAUCCUACCCUACAACCGCUCAACACUUCCUCAUUGCUGGACCGUGCGCUAACCAAGAUCCCCUCAGCAUCGAUUCAGAGAGCCGCAGCCACGAGCGCCCACCAGAAUUUACAGGCAAAGAGUCCCGCAUCUGGAUUCCCCACGACUGCAUCUCUCCCCCUGCCUGACACUUUGGUCGACAGAUCAUCCCUUGGGAUCUGGUCUCGCAGCGGCACAUAG